UUAUUGCUUAUUAUCAAUGAUAGUUGUAUUUGUGUGUAGCUGAACCCGUACUCAAAGUCCCACAAUGCAGCGCACCCGACUGGGUAAAUCGCGCCUGCGCGGUAAGCAAUCCCUCUUUGGACCUACGUCUCCACUGAAACCAUGGCCAAGCGCACCAAGAAGGUGGGGAUCGUUGGUAAAUACGGCACGCGUUAUGGCGCGUCGCUGAGGAAGAUGGUAAAGAAAAUUGAAAUCUCCCAGCACGCUAAAUAUACCUGCUCCUUCUGUGGAAAGACCAAGAUGAAGAGGAGGGCUGUGGGUAUCUGGCACUGUGGGUCCUGCAAGAAGACAGUGGCUGGAGGUGCUUGGACGUACAACACAACUUCCGCUGUCACAGUCAAGUCCGCAAUCAGGAGACUGAAAGAAUUGAAGGACCAGUAAACCAAGUGCGACGAUCACUGGUGGAUUUGGGACUUUUUUUUUUCAAUAAUUUAACCGAUCUGGAUAUGGCCUCAACAUCCAAAAAUAAAGCGGUCUGGAGCGGA